UGCAGAGUACUUCAUAUCUGGACCGCGAAUUACCGGCUACCGGCUCCUUAACCCUGCACAAUGUCAAUUGCGAGUAUGGCGUUGUUGUCUUGCAGUCUUCGCUAGCUUAACAGCAGCGACUAACAUCCUGUACGGGACUUGCACGUGGCUGGAAGCGUGCAAAUAACUGAUAGUGUUCCCAUAACAUGCGGCACAGCUGGUGGCCCAACCGCGCCUCCCAGGUAAGCGCGCGCCAGAAAGAGCGGGAUUCCAUGCACGCCAUCUCUUGGUCAGUCUCAACACGCAAGCGAUUUGGGCAUCGCAUCUCUGGGAGAGUCUGAUGUGGGUACUGCGGCUAUGUCCAAGUACCGGGGGCUCCGCUUCUAGGUAGGGGAUUGACUUUCUCAUUCUGAUGACUUUUCAUCCACAAUGAUGAGGUUGAAGCUGCAAAUGUUCGCCACAACUUUUCUCAUCACUGCACUUUUGUUGACACUGAUCGAUUUGCGCGAAAUCAAGUCAUCUCGUGUUGCUGGCUUCCGCGUAGCUCCUGGAAAGGAUGCCAUGGUAUCAGACAAUCCUUACGUUUCAUUCAGCAAUAUACAGGUUGGAAGAACCACGACCACUAGUCCAGAAGCUUCAGUUACGAGUGACAGCUCGACGUCGCCCAGACAUGCGACAGAGCACGCGGUAGCCUCGGGCCCGGCUUAUACAUCGUCAAGGUUGGAUCAAGUCGUGGUCAUUGGACGCUCAAGUGGACAAGACACUUCAUGGGUGGAUCAACUCGAAACUCAUGAAGCCAACGUGUAUCUAACGUACAUCCUGGACAACUAUCACAACCUACCUUCGACCAUCGCAUCCGUACACGCACACGGGAAAGGCUACCUACAAGCCUGGCAUACCGAUGCAGAGGAUAACUCACACGUGCGCAGUCUACAGCAACUCAACGUUGAGUUUGUCAGCCGCAAUGGCUAUGCCAAUCUUCGAUGUAUCGCCAUCCCUGGGUGUCCUGAUGAGGUGCAACCAUUCCGCGAGCCAUACGAAGAAGAUCGUAAACACGAGCAUGCCUUGCCUGAAGUAUGGAGGUACAUAUUUGAAAACGACGACGUGCCUCAUGUUGUUUCAACACCAUGCUGUGCUCAGCUUACUGUGUCCAAGGAUCAGGUUCUUGAACGACCCUUGACCUUUUACAUGCGUGCUCAUCAAUGGCUGAUGGGUACAUCUCUUGAUGAUGAUGAUGAUGAUGAUGAUGAUGAUGAUGAUACGAAUGGCAGAGUGUUUGAAUAUCUCUGGCAUGUUAUAUUCGGACAAGCAGCCGUGUACUGUCCUGGUCUCCAACAGUGUUACAAAGAUGUGUACAACAAAUGA